AUGCCGAACCAGCCGCGGUCAAUACCUCGGUCCUGGACGUCAACUCUUAAGCUUCCGAAGUCGACAUUUCCACCGCGUGUGUCGCUGGUCGACCAAACGAAAUACCUGAAGCGAUGCUCCGAUGAACUCUACGCCUGGCAGCGCAACGAACGUCCCGCCGACAAGCCUUUUGUUCUACACGAUGGUCCACCGUACGCAAACGGAGGAUUGCAUGUCGGUCAUGCGCUCAAUAAAAUCUUGAAGGAUAUGAUCUGCAGAACGCAAUUGGGACGCGGAAAGCGAGUGCGCUAUGUUCCGGGCUGGGAUUGCCACGGUCUGCCCAUCGAAUUGAAGGCGCUUCAAGGCCUUCAAGAUCACGGUGUGAAGGAUGGAUCUGUGAGCCCUGCAGUGAUCCGGAAAUCUGCCCGGCAACUCGCGCGACAGACGGUCAAGGCCCAAAUGAAGGAAUUCCGUGGCUUUGGUGUCAUGGCGGAUUGGGAAAAUCAUUGGAAAACUAUGGAUAAGGAAUUUGAGAUGCGACAACUUGGAAUCUUCCGUGAAAUGGUUGACCGGAGCCUCAUCUACCGGAAAUUUAAGCCCGUCUACUGGUCGCCCUCAACUGGCACCGCGCUGGCUGAAGCUGAGCUCGAAUACAAGGAAGACCACAUUUCUAUUGCUGCCCUCGUCAAAUUCCCUUUGGUGGAUAUUCCAGAACAUUUGACCAAGGACCCGCUGCUGGGAUCAAAAGAACUAAGCGCUGUUAUUUGGACUACUACACCCUGGACCUUGCCUGCCAAUGCUGCCAUUGCGGUCAGCGACUCCCUGGAAUACGCAAUUGUCGAGUCGGAGGAGCACGGAUGUCUUCUUAUCGCCCAGUCCCGAUUUGAAUAUCUUGAGAAUAUGCUGCAAUCGGAGCUGACUGUCGUGAUCCCUUCUAUUCUUGGCUCAGAAUUGGCUGACAAGACCACCUACCGACCUCUUUUCAAGGACGCGAAUGCCAAUCCCCAGCCGAUUUUCAGUGCUAACUUUGUCACCGCGGAUUCUGGCUCUGGACUGGUCCACUGUGCUCCUGGACAUGGUAUGGACGACUACGAAGCCUGUCUUGCUCGUGGUAUCCCGGUGUUUGCCCCGGUCGAUGAUCAGGGCAGAUUUACGGAAAAAGCGAUGCCACAUGAUCCUACACGCCUGACUGGAAAGUAUGUAUUGGACGAGGGCAACGAUGUGGUUCUUGAAUACGCAAAGUCCCAAGGAAAAUUACUUGCCCAGCACAAAUACGAGCACAAGUACCCUUAUGACUGGCGUUCCAAGCUCCCUGUUAUCGUUCGCGCCACUGAGCAAUGGUUCGCCGAUGUGGGCGAUAUCCGUGGCAGCGCUCUGAAAGCAUUGGAUAAUGUCCGAUUUGUUCCUGAAACUGGAAAACACCGACUGGUCAAUUUUGUUAAGAAUCGCAGUGAAUGGUGCAUCUCACGUCAACGUGCUUGGGGUGUUCCUAUUCCUGCCCUCUAUCACCGAACAACCGGUGAGCCUCUUUUGACGAAGGAUAGCGUGUCUCAUAUCAUGGGAACUAUCGAGGCGCGAGGCAUCGAUGCUUGGUGGACGGAUAGUGCGGAUGAUCUUGCCUGGGUUCCUACCACUGUACGGGAUGACCCCGUUGGAUAUCGACGCGGAACUGAUACCAUGGAUGUUUGGUUCGAUAGUGGAACUAGUUGGGCCGAAAUAGAUGUGUCUGAAGCGGGACGCUCCCAUCCUGCAGAUGUGUACCUUGAAGGAACCGAUCAGCACCGUGGCUGGUUCCAGUCCGGCCUUCUCACUUACGUUGCUCACCAACUAGCGUCCGAAAAGACUGAUGAACCCAGGGCUCCAUUCAAGAAUUUGAUCACUCAUGGAUUUACCCUAGACGAGGAAGGACGCAAGAUGAGCAAGUCGAUUGGUAACACGCUUGUGCCCCAGACCAUCAUGGAUGGAACUUUACUACCGCCUCUAAAGCCGCGAAAGGGCAAGGGAAAGAAGCAACCAGAGAACGCUGAGCCAACCUAUGAUGCGUUGGGCCCCGAUGCACUUCGCCUAUGGGCGGCUAGCAGUGACUACACCCGCGACGUUGUGAUUGGAAAGCAAGUACUCCAGACCGUCCACACUAGUCUUCACAAGUUCCGUGUUACAUUCAAGCUAUUGCUUGGUGCGCUCGCUGAUUUCCGUCCCGAGUUCGUAGUACCUUACGAGCAGCUACAGCAGGUUGACCGGAUUGCCCUGAAACACCUGUCGGACUUGGUACUGUCCUCUCAAAAGGCCGGCGAGAACUUUGAAUUCUACAAGGCUGUGAACAUGAUCAACCGCUGGGCCAACUUGGAGUUCUCAUCGUUCUACAUGGAAGCGAUCAAAGAUCGUUUGUACACACUGGGCGAGAACAGUGGCAGCCGUCGGGCUGCUCAGACCACCUUGUUCUAUAUCUUCAACUACCUCCAGGAGGUUCUUGGUCCCAUAACACCUUUGCUUAUCGAGGAGACCUGGGAGCAUACACCGGAAGUGAUCCGGUCGCAGAGCGAGCAUCCCUUGCGACGCAUCGUUUCAGCCCCCGCGUCGGAAUGGCAGGAUCUUGCCUUGGACGCCAACUACCAGGAACUAGUUGCCGUGCACUCGGUGAUCAAAACGUUGCAGGAGCAGGCACGCGGAAAGAAGCAACUCGGCUCCUCCCUGCAGUCUUUUGUUCACCUCGUUCUUUCAGAUGACCCGAGUAGCUCCGUUUUCCAUCAAUAUCUCUCCGAGCUGCCCGAUCUGUUUGUCGUUUCGUCGGUCACUCUUGGUCUUCCCGGACAAAAUAUUCCCACUGAAAUUGCGGAAGCUGAAUGGCAGUACCAAGAAGUGUGUGCGCUACCAGAUGGCCAAAAAGGCACUGUUCAUGUUUACGCACCUCAGGCGUCCAAGUGUCCCCGAUGCUGGCGGUACGCUGUCCCAGAACCAGCAGAGUCAGAGAUUGAAGUAAUCUGCGACCGAUGUGAUACAGUUGUCAAGGACCUUGAUGCGAAGGCACCCACUUCCCAUCUCUGA